GGUAGUACACAAACACCAGAAACAUACACACGCACACCCCGAUCUCACUCUCUCGAGUGUACUAGCAACCAAGGAAAAUGGCGCCGGUGAAGGUGUUCGGGCCGGCCAUGUCGACGAACGUGGCCCGGGUGCUGCUGUGCCUGGAGGAGGCCGGCGCCGAGUACGAGGUGGUCAACAUCGAUUUCAAGGCCAUGGAGCACAAGAGCCCCGAGCAUCGCGUCAGAAACCCGUUCGGCCAAAUCCCUGCUUUCCAGGAUGGGGAUCUGCUUCUCUUCGAGUCACGCGCAAUUUCAAGGUACGUGCUUCGCAAAUACAAGACGAACCAAGUCGACCUGCUGAGGGAGGGCAACCUAAAGGAGGCGGCCAUGGUGGAUGUAUGGACGGAGGUCGACGCACACAGCUACAACCCAGCCAUCUCGCCGAUCGUGUAUGAGUGCCUCAUCAAUCUGAUCAUGCUCGGCCUGCCGACCAACCAGAAGGUGGUGGGCGAGAGCCUGGAGAAGCUGAAGAAUGUGCUGGAGGUCUACGAGGCACACCUCUCCAAGCACAAGUACCUGGCCGGGGACUUCGUCAGCUUCGCGGACCUCAACCAUUUCCCAUACACCUUCUAUUUCAUGGCCACGCCUCACGCGGCCCUCUUCGACUCGUACCCGCACGUCAAGGCCUGGUGGGAGAGCCUCAUGGCGAGGCCGGCCGUCAAGAAGCUUGCCGCACAAAUGGUUCCGAAGAAGCUAUGAUUUGCUAGGCAGGGUUUUGCAUCAUGGGAUCGGAUCUCUGAUCUGUAUGGCAUUUUCUUGUCGGUGUCGCUAAUAAGGCAAUAAGCUUGUGUGUGGCUGGAAUUGCACCAGCGUGCGGUUUUUGUGCUUUGCGUGUGCGUGGUCGUGGAAACUCUUGAGAUGGAACAAUGUCUUCAAAAUGCGUUCAGAUUUGUUGCUUGGCAAGCCUUAAAUAAGAUGUUUGUGUGUCUCUCUA